AUGAUCCGGUUGGUGCUCUUCAGCCUCCCAGCCCUGGCAGCGACGCGGUGGAGCCUCGAGGAGGAACAGUCCCUCCUGGCUGGACUGAGCUUCGUGCAGUGCUCGCACUUGCAACAGCGCGGCGCGGCACCGCCCGCAAAGUUCGGCUACGAAUUGUGGGAUGCCCUGUCUCCGUGCAUGUCCUGUCGCUGUUCUGGGACGGAGCAUGGGCAGCAGCUGACCUGGAGCCAAGUGCUCCUUCAAAGCCCUGAACGCCCCGAAUGCGUCUACAACGCCUGCGAGAGGCCCCGGAUGUUCCAGCUCGUCCGCGCGCCGGCCAAUGCCUUUAGCAGCCUUGGGUUCCUAGCAGUGGGCCUCUUCAUCCUUUCCAUGGCCAUCUCGGAUCUCCUCAAGGCCACGACAGGGAAAGAUGGUCCCAUACCAGGGCCCAUGAUCUUCCACGCGCUGGUCUUUGGCGCAGCCGUGGUGGCCGAAGGUCUCGCCUCCUUUGCCUACCACGCCUCCCUGACACGGCAGAUGAAUAUCCUCGACUGGCGGACAAUGAUUGCAAGCUUUGCAGGGCAGGGCUUUGGGAUGGUCGUUGCUGGCCACGCUUUGGCGCGUCAGCCCGUCCGGGGCUGGAUCUGGGCGACUCUCUACCUCGCUUGCACUCUCAGCCUCUUGCUGAGCCUGUGCUUCAAUUGCGGCUGCUUCUGCUCACUGGAAGACGCCUGCCAUAGCCCUGCCGCCUGGUCCAUCACACUGCUGGCUUCUGGGCUGCUUUGCUUUUCGGCUCUCGCGUUCGUGGAGCUGACUACUUGGCAUUGCUUGCAAGAGCUCCGAAACGGCCUCGAGCUCAGUAUUGCCGCUCGCCUAGCUCGCCGACGCAUUCGCUACUUCAUGUGGAGCUCCGUGGCCAUGUGGCUGGUGGGAUACACCUUCAAGGUCUUGGAUGACCACCAAGUCAUGUGCCGGCCCUCGUCCCUUUUCCAGCUCGUGGGGCUCAUGCACGUGCUCACGGCAGCAGCCAUGCUCUUGAACUUCCUAGCCACAAGGACGUGCGUUGAGCUACUGCAGCUGCUAGGAGGCGGAUCUUGA